AUUUUAGCCCGGCGACAGGUAAUAUUUGAGCCCAGCCCAGUCCAAGAAACCACAUCCAGCCCAGAAAAAACCCAGAAACACAAAACAACAACGAGAAUUUCGAACUAGGGUUUUGCACUCAUUCAUCUCUUUCAUCAUCGUCUCUCAAACCAGUUUACACCACUGAGUACUCCACAGACUCAUCAUCCCUACCACCACCUUGCACCAAUGGUAGGAGUUGCAUUCGAUGUCGGAGCCGUUCCUUUCAACCCCGACGGAUGGGGCCCAAUGGAUUCCACCACCGCCGCCGCCGCCAACAACAACCUCCCUCUCAAUGUCCCCUUCGCCCCUUUCUCCCGCUCCGACAAACUAGGUCGAAUCGCGGAUUGGACCCGCAACUUCAACAACCCGACCCGAUCCAAAAACCCUGCUGAUUCCGCCUUUGAUUUCACCCUCGACGAUUCCUUCCCUGGCAACGCCGACGACGACGCCACAUUCCGUCUAGUCGAUGGUAAACCACCACCGCGUCCCAAAUUCGGCCCUAAAUGGAGAUACCAGCAACAACGACAACUCCCUCAGCGUCGUGAUGAAGAAGUGGAAGCAAAGAAACGUGAGGCGGAGAAGGAGAGAGCUCGUCGUGACCGUCUUUACCAUCAGAACCGUUCAAACCCUAACAAUCCCCGGCGUGAGGCUGCAGUUUGCAAAUCGUCGGUUGAUAUUCAGCCGGAGUGGAAUAUGCAUGAUCAGAUCCCGUUUUCGACUUUCACCAAGCUAUCCUACAAUGUUCCUGAACCUGAAGAUCUUCUACUAUGUGGUGCUCUUGAGAGUUAUGAUCGUAGCUUUGACCGAAUCAACCCGAAAAAUGAGCGUCGUCUAGAGAGGUUCAAGAAUCGUAACUUCUUCAAGGUUACAACCACGGAUGACCCUGUUAUCAGGAGGCUCGCUAAUGAGGAUAAAGCAACAGUUUUUGCAACUGAUACUAUUUUGUCGACUCUCAUGUGUGCUCCCAGGUCUGUUUACUCUUGGGAUAUUGUUGUUCAGCGCGUUGGGAAUAAGUUGUUCUUUGAUAAGCGUGAUGGGUCGCAGUUGGAUUUGCUUUCUGUUCACGAGACCUCGCAGGAGCCUUUGCCUGAAGCUAAAGAUGAUAUUAACUCUGCUCAUUCUUUGAGUGUUGAAGCUGCUUAUAUCAAUCAAAACUUCUCUCAGCAAGUGUUGAUUAGGGAUGGGAACAAGGUUACUUUUGACGAGCCUAACCCUUUUGCUAAUGAGGGUGAAGAGGUUGCUUCUGUUGCUUAUAGGUAUAGAAGGUGGAAGCUUGAUAAUGAUAUGUAUCUUGUUGCUAGGUGUGAGGUGCACAGUGUUGUUGAAUUGAAUAAGCAAAGGUCAUUCCUUACUGUGAAUGCUUUGAAUGAGUUUGAUCCAAAGUAUUCCGGUGUUGAUUGGAGACAGAAGUUGGAGACUCAAAGAGGUGCUGUUUUGGCUACUGAGCUCAAGAACAAUGCUAACAAGUUGGCUAAGUGGACUGCACAAGCUCUUUUGGGUAGUGCUGAUAUGAUGAAGUUGGGUUAUGUGUCUCGGAUUCAUCCCCGGGACCAUUUUAAUCAUGUUAUUUUGGGUGUGGUUGGAUAUAAACCCAAGGACUUUGCUGCGCAAAUUAAUUUGAACACUACCAACAUGUGGGGUAUUGUGAAGUCUAUUGUGGACUUGUGUAUGAAGUUGAAUGAGGGGAAAUAUGUUAUUGUCAAGGAUCCAUCUAAGCCUCAAAUUAGGAUUUAUGAGGUUCCCGCCGAUGCAUUUGAGAAUGACUAUGUGGAGGAGCCACUUCCCGAAGAUGAACAAGUUCAGCCUACAGCAGAGGGUGCUGAUGGUGGAGAGGAAGCUGCUGCUACUACAAAUGACGUGGAAGAUAAGGCAAUUGAUGUUCAAGCUUAAAAGACAAAUGUUGCUGAUGUAUUUGCAAUUAUGGCUGCGUGGAGACUACAGUUAGUUUUGGAAUCCAAUUUAAAACCUUGGUGUUCGUUAAGAUUUAAUUGCACAUGUUGGUUGCAGUUUGGAACUGUUUCAUCAUAAUUCUAGUCUACAUUCCGAAACUUGAGUGAUUUAUGUUAGCAUCUUUUAAAAUAAUAAUAAUUGCUCAUAAGAUAUGAGUCAUAUUUUUAUAUCAUAAUUGUUGUUGCCCCAAGUUUGUAUUUUUCCAUAUUCCAAUUAUCUCUUUGUUGAUAAUUGAUAAUCUAUCUUUGUAAGUUGUGUGCAUGUGUUCAAAUAUUUGCAAGCACUUCUUAGGUAUUAAAAAAUGGGCUACUAUUGAGGAUUUUAUGGAAAACUGGAGAUGUCUUAGUUGUUUACACGUCAUUAUUCCUUGAUUGAAUUUACACGUCAAUUUGAGAUUUAUCACAUACCAUGUCUUAGUUGUUUUCUGUACUCAGCUGACAAUUAAUGAUUUCACCAGUUAGUUCUUGAUUC